CCGUACAAUAUCAAAGAGGAAGACAACAGUUCCCCAAGCGACCUCUGGGGGCGACUCAUCCCACCAAAGGCUGGAUACAUAUUGAUGUGUGCAAGUUGCACAUCGGCGAUCACUGUGAGUGUUUAACUCUGCGCUAUGACUUUAUUUGGAUAAUCAGUCGCCGCUGACGUGCCGAGGGAUUGCAUCGUAACAACCACGGGAAGCUUAAGGUAAAAUGCAGCAAGCUCCCGAAGAAGUUUGAGGGGUCGGAUCCUCUUCUUUUUUAACAUUAAUCGGGCAUUUGCACCAUUGACACCUGCGGCUCCGUCUACUCGUACUGUAACGUAGCGGGGACAAUAUCAGUCCGUGAUGUUCAACCCACACAUCCAUCAGCAGCAGCAACAGCAGCAGCAGUUUCACCAGCACCUGAGGCACCUGCAGCAACUUUUCCAGCAGCAGCCUCCGCCUCCUCCUCCGCCGCAGCCGCCCCCGGGACACCAUGUCCCCCACCACCACCAGACGCCACGAGCCAUUCCUGUUCCUCCUCAGACAGCCCCUCCACCCCGGAUGGUCAACCUGUGUCAGGCGACCCAGACGACCAUCAUCGCCCCCAAUCCUAUGCUGCAGGGGGCUAUACUGAUGCAGCAGAUGCAGGGUAGCAUGCGAGGCUUUGGGAUGGGCGGCCAGCAGUUUCGACAGUUCUUCACCGCGGGGAGCAGGUCGUCCCUGCUCGGGCCAGUUCCCAUGGGAAUGGCCAUCAAGUCGCCCAUGAUGGGUUUCCCAGCUGCGCGACCGUACCACCCGCAUGCCCGCUACUACAAUAACGCCACGACAGCCUCCUCUUCCUCCUCAUCCACCACAGACGUUGCUGCUCGCCAGCUUGACAGAAAGAGGGACAGUGAGCAGAUGGCAUCUGGGAGCACAGACGACCAACCAGCAGGCACCAGCGGUAGCAGUGAAGCUAACGACAGGAUGCAAACAGGUGAUGCUGUGGAGGGAGUGGAUGGGCCCUCGCAGAUUUCUGACGAGCAACUUGAAGAACCUGUAAUGAAGAAGCAGAGGACUGAGGGGUUAGAGACAGAGAAACACAAAGAACAGAGCGUUGUUGAGACUGCCUCCACUCCAGAGACACAAGUUGUUCCCUUAGAGUGUAACAACAGCGCAGAAGAUGUUCAAUCUGAAGGCUGCAUCCCUCUGGAAGAAGGAGGCUCCACAGAGGGAUCUGAUUGUGUUGAGACAACGGAGGAAACUGGAACUGAUGAGGUUCACAGCUGUUUCUCAGCCGCGUCACCCUCUGGCACGCUGGGUGACGACCAUCAGCAGGUCAAUUUACCAGCAGAGGAGUCUUCACAGGGCAAAGAUGCCGCUUUGUGUUCACCGGAGAACCAGGACGACGAAGAGGAGGGUGUAGCAGAAGGCUCCAACAAGUUCUACUGCUACCUCUGCAGCAUUACCUGCCACAACCAGCAAAACUUCAGGAGUCACAUGAACAGCAUUUCCCACCAGCAAAGGAUGAUGGAAAUUCAGCACAUGAGCAACGCCUGCCUCGUCACCCUGCUGCCGCGAGUGCAGGAGUCUCUUCAGGGAGCUAGCAAAGAUGGAGAGAAAAAAGCAGACAAGCGUUGGUGCGCCACGUGCAGCACCCACUUCACCAGUAGCGUCGUGGACCACCGUCGCACAGAAGAGCACAAACUGUCGAGCAGAAUGGAUAUCUCCUCCUGUGCAGUCUGCAAGAAACAUUUCAAGACGUCGCAGUUGUUUUUAGAGCACUUACAGUCCCAGGAGCACAGACUGAAGCUUCAGGAAAAGGGCUACGAGGCCUUGGCCAAGCUGACAUCAGUGGAUACAGACGGGUUUUCAUUAGAAGAGAACGCAGGAAGUGAUGCAGAGGAAGGGGAGGAACGACAGAGGAGUGAUGGAGACCGGCAGGACGGCUGGUCCGCCAUUGAAGAAUCGACCCUGAACGACUUGACCAGCGAGGAGCCGUACGACCCCGACACGGUCUACGGGUCCAGUUUUUUAGUUCCAGUUGCAGGUUUCAUCUGCAGACUCUGCAACAAGUUUUACCACUUUGAAUCUUCUGCGCUGCAUACUCACUGCAAAUCACUGAAGCACUUUGAGAACCUCAAAAGGUACAGCACGUUGGUGAGUCAAAAAGGCGAAGCUGUUGAAUCCUCCAGGAAACCUCUCCUCGCUGCAGACGGCCUCAGGCCCGUAACAGAAACUACCGCCUCGGACUGUUCGGAUCAAAAUUUGCACUCUGACGACACAAGUUUAACAAGGAGCGUGAACUCCACGCAGCCCGCCAUUACACUCACUCGACUGAACUCAGAAAACCAGCAAGAGGAGGGGCGAGCGGAGCCCCCCUCGACCCCGCAGGACUUCACCCCCAUCUCAUCAGCCGGCGCCGGCAGCGCAGACCAAGACCUCAGCCUUCGCCGCGAGGAGGAAGAGAACGCGUCCCGGGCGUCCUCCGCUCAGGAGAGUCCAGCUGAGCUGCCUGCUGGCGGCAGACAGGAGGCGAACUCGGAGCCAGCAGCAGCUGCGGAGGACGCUAAUGAAGAGGAGGAGGAGGAGGAAGCUCCUGCUGGCCCAGGAAGAAAGAACGGCGCGGGGAAGGCCAAAGCGACAGCCAAACGCAGGUCGGGGAGGGCGACGAACAGACGCUGAGUUGAAGGUACCACGUGGAAAAGAAAACCUGGUACAAUCUCAACAAACGGGACACGAAGUGGCUGAAUGUGAAGUGGUGCUUUCGUGGUGCAGAGACCAAGAGGUGAGCGGCUCGGCCUCUCUCCGUGCUGGCGAGUCCUGAUUUAGACACACACCGACACAAAGGAACGCUCUCGGUCGGUGGAACGGGACGUCUCGCGUUAAUCGCUCUCCCAGGGUGGAAAAUUAACAGCCAUUAAACGCAGGUUAAUUUUAAUAUUCUGGGUAAGGCUCUCGAUUUCUUGCCUCCCAUUUAUUUUUGUGCGGGUUCACUUUUAGAUUGCAUCAGGCAGAAGGAGAUCAUCUCAUUAAUAAUCGUAUAUUUUUGUACCAAGGAGACGCUUCUUGUAUUGGAAUCCCAUUUUACAUUAUGAUGAGUUCAGGUUCCACACUACAUCUGCAAGUAUUUAAAAACAACAGUUUUUGUGCAGACUCAUAACUUCAUUUAAACCCCCCCCCCAAAACGCAUUUUUUUCAUCCUCCAUCGACUUUUUCCAAUUGACGUUUAAUUGGCAUUAUUACUCUGGAGUUCUACAUUGAUAUUUAUUAGCACAGGUGUAGUGUCAUAUCUUGUUCCAUAAAGCACUUGGAUACUAAAUGUUGUUUUUUUUAGCUGUGCGGAUUGAAAUGUUUUGCUCCAGACUAAAAUAUCUCAACAACUAUUAUAUCAAUCAAUUGCUUGUUGUGUUGCCAUGAAUAGUUUUCACUGACAUUCUUGGUCCUCAAAGGAUGAAUCGAGCUGCCUUUAUCUUUCCCUUUGAUAAGGGGUUUCUGUCUUCAAAAUUUGCUGCUAACAGCAAAGUUAGAGUACCGCCAUGUUAAAUUGAUAGUUUAUUAAUUAGUUUUUUAUUCUGAGUCAUCCCGAGAUCAGACUUUGUCUAAUGUGACCAACUCUCAAAACUAAAGACAUUCUCAUUAGUCCCAGCUGUAAGAAUUAUUUAAUGUUGGCAUGCUGAACUAGAAUAGUACUAUUGGGGUGUUGAUAUUGGCAUGUAGUAAGGAAGCAGGACAUGCUGUUUGAUUUUAAAUAACAAAAACUUGCAAUUUUGUUCUGUCCCCAAAUUUGAAUGAAGCAAAAAGAAAAAAUGACAGAUCUGUGUAUUUCCCUCUUUUCCCGCUGAGUAGAAAGAGGACGGCUUUCAGUAGAUUCUCAACCCACUGUUUUUGUGGUCUGACUCAUCAUUUUGUUAAUUUUCCACCCUGUUCUCCUCGCAGAUCCGGAGGCUGAUGAGGGCUCAUUGUCAGCUUUUUUCUCUUUUUUUUUGCUCAUUCUCCAGCUAGCUAGAUGAUUGACGUAGGAGGCUGUACCGAUGGUAAAGUGGAGACAUUUUCCACGCCGCUAACCACGUAGCACGCGCUAUUAGCCUGCUGAUAAUGUAGAAUGUAACCAAAUUAAGUGUUUGAGCAGGUGACAACUUUUGGUUUAAAAAAAAUAAAUAAUGAAGUGUUAAAUGGCCUGAGUAUUGAGAAAUAAUGAUUUUUGAAAAUGAUCAUCGCUCGGUUCGGGGCAUUUUCUUUUCCUUCCCUGAGUAAUUUAAGUUGAAGUGGAUGUUGUGUGAAAAAAAAAAAAGCCUUCUCACUGAAACAGAACUAUAUGGUACAUAAUUACUGGCCUAUUAUCUGCAGUAGAGAGAGAGAGAGAGAGGAUUUGGAUCUGCUGGAGUUGAAUGUAGUAGCCUUUUCAACAAAACCCUUUUGACAUUUGGAGACUGAAUUACGAGCUAUCUCCUCCUCCCUUCCCCUGGGACACUUCACGUUCACAGAAGCCGGCAUCAUGUGUACACACUGCUCAUUUUGACCUUUGAGCACUUGUCCGCCAGGGCAGGUAUAUUUUCCUGUAGCUAAUGCAGAAUCCAUAGAGAUAAAAUGAAAUGAAAGUCCCACAAGAAGAAGGACACGCAAACAUUAAUGUGGGUGUCUUUUCCGCGCGUGCAUAACAUAUUUCCGUUGACUUGAAAGCAUUCGCAGCACAGCGACAGUAGUUGGUGACUCCAGUUUACCUUUGCUUUGUCUUUUUUAUUCCGUUAUACCUUUUUUUUUUUUUUUUGCUAUACAUACACUGGACAGAUGGAAACACAUUUGAGGUAGUGGUCCAAACUGAUUUGCAAGAAAGAUUGUGUAGUAAUUUGAUGUAGCAAAUAAUCUUUGUAAACUCUGAUUUCAUGCAUACAUUAGUUUAUCCCAGUUAGAGAUUAAACCGAUGUAUAUUUUUGACUGUGGCGCUGCAGCUCUCACAAGCCACCAAACAGGUGUGAAAUAGGACGUUUCGCUUCCUUCUUCACGACCAGUAUGCUGUUCUGGAAACAUUUCAUCCUCCGUACUUAGAGAAGCAUAUUUUAAACCACGAAGGACUGGCUGACACAUGUAGCGACUCUUGUGACGACAGUGUCAUGUGAUAAAGAUCACGCCCCGAAGGAACCAAGACGUGAUAUCAGAGCCGUGCUCUUAAGCUCUGAAGGCAAAACGGUGCAGAAGAGAGAAAAUGAUCAUUUCAAACAACGCUGUAUGUUUCUUAAUUGUAUUUUUAUUCAGCUACUGACAAAAUUGAGAUGAACAAACAGGUGAUGUUUUCUAACUGCUGGAACUUUAAUGUAUUUUUGGAUGUUUGUUUUCUGUUUGGAAGUCAUCUUAAUUUAUAAUAAAAUGUCAGACGGU